GCAAAAACCCCACUCGUUCCUUUGAGCGCUUCUGAUCGAUUUACCCCGAAGAUUGUUGAAAAAGAAUCUGCUCAUUUGAAUGUCUCAAACGAGAUAUUCCUACCCAUAAAAGCAGAUCAUAGGACGAUGUGCCACUUCUCGGAUCCUGCAAGUCAAAAAUGGAUCUCGUUCAGCAGCGCAGUUGUGAACUUGGCUAGGGCAAAUGCAGAAACAACUGCUAUCUUGGAUCCCCCGUUAAUACGGUACAGAGAAGAGUUGAAUAAAUGGUUGGACCCGCUUCCCAUGGUUGAUGAUUACAAUCGAAUCCGGGAUCUACGCCUCGAAAAUACUUGCCAAUGGAUUAAUCAGGAAUCCAAGUUUCUCGCGUGGAGAAGCAGCAGCCGCCGAAAUGUUGACCUCUGGGUGAGAGGUCCACCCGGAUGUAGCAAGUCCACGCUCGCCGCGAGUAUCAUUGAUCAACUUAGCGUGGACCAGCCAACAGCUUACUUCUUCUGCAAUGUCGAAGAUCCCGAUAGAAGUGAUUUUACGAGGAUUUUAAAAACUUUGACCUGGCAGUUGGUUCUGAAGAAACCACAUUUUGCAGACGGUAUUUACGACAUCUUCCUUGAAACCGCAGGAGCCGCCACCCCUAUCGAAUCAUAUAAAAGGGCACUCGCAGGAAUUUUGAAGGAUGGAGAGCCGUGCUACAUUGUAAUCGAUGGACUCGACGAGUGCCGCGGCAAGUACAGUGACAUCUCGAAAGCCAUGUUCCACAUAUCUUCACACGCCAAGCUGCUGGUGAUAAGUCGUUGGAUGACCUGGAUCGAACAAUGCUUCCCUCUUGGUUCAAUGACAUCGACUCUUGACAUUGCAACAACCCAUACUUCUAGAGAUAUCUCACUAUUCGUCGACAGCAAAACUCAGGAGCUUGACCUGGACCCCGAAUUGGUCGAUAAAUUAUCUAUUCUGCUCAUCGCUAAAGCUAACGGAAUGUUUCUCUGGGUCAAACUCACCAUCGAAUACUUGUCCCAGCAAGCAACACUCGAAGAUACCAUCGAAGCUCUCAAGAAUCUCCCAAAAGAUCUUGAAGCGCUUUAUGAGCGCCUCGUUCGCCGUUUACAAGAGCUUCCGCAAAGCCGUUAUAAGCUCGCGUGCAAGUUGAUCCAAUGGACAUUUUCCAGCCUCCGACCUUUGUCACUGGAACAGUUGAAAAUCGCUCUAUCAAUAACCCCUGGCGAUAAUCGACAGAAAUAUCCGAAUAACAUUCUCAAUCUCGAGAAGUUUGUUCGCGAGUCUUGCAGUCCCUUGCUUGAGCUUGAUGAAGCUAAAGGCACCGUUCGCUUUGUCCACGCCUCGGCUGUUGAUUUCUUCUCACGAUCAACUCGGCCUGCCUCACACUUCAAGUUCAUGGAAGGUGAAGAACCUGCUUUCACCCCAGAGGUCACCAACCCUUACUGUGCGAGUGUGUGUCUCACCUACCUCUCCAUUGAGGAUAUCGAGUUUGUUCCAGAAGAUAGAGACCCACGAGUAUACAACAGGAACCUGGACAAACACUUGGCCCGAUACCCAUUUCUACAAUACUGUGUCUUAAACUGGUGGAAGCAUCUAUCUCUACCCCAGAGCGGCCCAGGACCCACUGCAGAGGCACUAGGAAACACAAUUCGGUCGUUUACAUCAAGCCAAAAAUGUAUUGUGCGGUGGAUGCAACUGUUUCAACUUCUUGAUGGACUUCAUGAAGAAGGCACUCAAGCAACUCUCUUCAGAUCUCCAGAAUCGCCAUAUGCCUGGAGAUUCGCCGACAAGGAUUCUCUCUUCCAUAAUCUCUGGCUUGCCCCGAGUGGUCUGUUCACCCGCUGGCAAUGCUGGAGAACAGAGAUCUUUUUUAAUGGAAACUAUUCGACGCCGAUUGGAAUUACUUCAUUCUUCGACUUUCUCGAUGUUGUAAGAUUAGAAUGUGAAAGAGGAAAGAAUAAAGACGAACGAGACCCCAUCGGUCUAACACCUGCGAUGCUCGCAGCCCAUGGAGAAGCCCCGAAUGUGCUGCAAUAUGCCAUUGAAAAUGGCGCAGAUACGCUCUUAAUAAGUGUAUUCGGAUAUGGAAUCGCUCGAUAUGCAGCGCGAAACAGCCCCUCCAUCCUUCCCAAAGUUCUCGAUUUAGGGAUUCCGGUGGGUGUACCAACCUUGGAUAACGGAACAACUUCAAUACAUGCAGCCUGUACCACUGCUGGCUUCCAUCCCAGUGUUCUUCCACAACUUUUGAAACGUUCUUCCAAAGGCGACCUUAACACAAAGUCUUUCUCUGGGAGAACAGCACUUCACCUGGCUGCCUCAAUAAACAUACAAUCAUAUGCCCGUCUAGUCUUUGACCGAGGAAUGCUCACUGCUGGAGCUCUCCCAAACCACCGGCGACUCCAUUCAGGUUCCACAGAGGAGGCUUUCAUGCCAUCUACUCGAGCAGAAGUCGAAACCUGGCUGCACUCUUGGAACAGCUACUUUGCUACCGAGUCAAUUGGAAGUGAUACGGAAUCACUUGCCUGUCAUGCAUCAGAGUUGAACGAAGACAAUAUUGCAAGAGUAGUGCGCAAGAUAAAAGCAUUUAUGGUAAUUUGGCUGGUAGAAAGCGGCGCGUCAAUCGAGGAAACGGACAGCGAAGGGAAAACUGCUCUAGAUAUUGUCCUUAAAACUGGAUUUGCCGAAGAUUUAGAAGUCAUUGAUGGCUACUGCCUCAGAAGAAUCUCGAAAGCACUUGUAGCUCUAGGGGCCGUGGAAGUAAAUCCCAAAGGACCAACGGCUCUAGAAGUUGCGUUGUUGCGGGGUCACUGGGUGACUGUGAAGUCUAUUCUGCAAGGCGAUGCGGCCGCGUCGAAACUUUCCGAGAACGAUCGACGCUUUUUGUCUACCUCCAUGGAGAAGGAACCUAAAACUCAAAAAGACUCGACGUCAGCAUACGAGGAACAGUAUCAGCCUCGGUCGCCAAAAGUUGCGCUGCAUACCUCGUUCAUAUUGCGAUUCUGCUUAAAAAAAUAUUCCAGACCAUCGAGGUAUCAUGAGUCGAUAUAUGUCAAGCUGUCAACAUUGAUCGUUGACUUUGCUGAAUGCUGGGUUAAAACCAGCGACUUAGUGACUAGUUUCCGGGAAGCUCGUCGUCGAGAUACCUUGUUUCGGUCCUCGGUUCCCCGGGAUAGAGUGGAGGUAUCUGUACCGAUCGCGGAUGGGGAGCUUCGAAAGGUGUCAAUUUACGUCUUCAGCUCGAGUUAUAGAUCUGACUCGGACUCUUUCGGCAUGAGCUACUACACCAGUAGCAUCGUCGUUGGGCCUUCGAGUAAUAGAUCAAGGUAUACUCCAAAAAUAUAUUAUAGUUGGCCUACCAAUCCGAAUUCCUUGAGACGGUCAACACCAGAUAUUCCAGCCGCUCCAAUACUGGAUAUGGUUCGGCAGCCUGUGGAUACAGGAGGGGUCUCGCUUAUUGACCAGGCAAAAGAGGGUCUCGGGCUCGCACAAGAAGAGGCAAUCAUGGUCCCUUCCGAAUCAUUCGAAGUUCGUGAUACGAAUCCUUUCUCUGUCAACCCUUUCUCUGACGAUCUUUUUUCUGACAAAUGCUGGGUGCAAACCUGGUAUUUGCCAGUCUCCAUGAGGGACAGAGCGAGCCUUGGACCUCAAGGGAUCUUGAAUUGGCUCACGAGUAUCUCGCCACGGGACUCCAUUCGGCUUCGACCAACCCAGGAUUUCUUUGCUCAUGACGUUGCCUUGUAUGGAGGCUUUGGAAUUGAGAUAUAUUGUGCUUGGAUAUGAGUACUUUCAAUUGGUUUCAUUCGAUAUUCAAAAUGGCUUCACUAUUCACGGCGGCAUUUUUUUUUUAGUACCGGUUAUUUGCGUUGGAAGCUCAUUGUGCGCGAUCUUUUCUUUGAAUAUACCGGAA